AUGGUUGCGAAGGAAUCCUGCAAUUCCGUCCCACAAAUUUUCAUCAAGAACAUAACUUUUCGAAAAAUGGUAAAAUUGACAGAAUUUGUAAUACUCCCAGUUGCAAUAUUUGGUCUAUUUGGUAACUCGCAAUUGCUCUAUGCAACAUGGAAAUUUAAAAAGCUGCACCAUCGCAAUGGCAUAUUGGUCGGACUUCUCGCAUUCUUCGACUUGGUAAACUGA